UCACCUUCCCACCAUCAUGUAUUCAUGUGUGGGCGGCAGAAUAAACAAAGCACCCCAACGGCCCGGUCCUGACGAGACUCACGACCCAAGUUGUGGAGAUCGAUUCCUUUCGUGAACGGAGGGGUCGUUGGAUGAGAACGGAUCGGGUCGGGGUGACCUUCCAGUCAAAUCCCCAGCUCCACUUCUCCAGAUCCGCCCAAGAACAGAGACGCCUUCCCGGCCUAGCAUCCCACCAACCACAGCGAAACAGAAGGGGAGGGAACUAGAACUCCUGUUCACUCUCUGUUUAAAGCACGAGGCCACCAUACGUGCUCUACACGCUUCUCAGGUCUCUCUCAAGUCUCAACUCCUGUCGCUCGAUCGACGAGCUGUCCGUGGCGGGCGGAGAGCGCGAGCCGCCACCGUACAGUCCGGGAGAAGGAGGCGGAGGGAGAGGAGGGAGGAGAGCCCGGGCGAGAUGGCAGCGGCCUGGCUGGGCGUGAAGGCGGCGCCGUUCGCGUACGCGGCGCACGCGCUGGCGGCGGCGGCGGCGGUGCUGGUGCUGGUGUGGUGCGUCCACUUCCGCGGCGGCCUCGCGCUCGAGGCCCAGAACAAGAACCUCGUCUUCAACGUUCACCCUGUGCUGAUGCUAAUUGGCUACAUUAUCCUCGGCAGUGAAGCCAUUAUGAUCUACAAGGUGUUCCCAAAACUGAACCACGACACCGCCAAGCUGACGCACCUGAUCCUCCAUGCGAUUGCCACUGUUCUUGGCGCCUUCGGGAUCUACUGCGCGUUCAAGUACCACAACGACAGCGGGAUCGCAAACCUCUACAGCCUUCACUCCUGGCUCGGGAUCGGAACCAUCUCCCUGUACGGCAUUCAGUGGGUUUUCGGAUUCGUGACCUUCUUCUUCCCCGGCGCGGCGCCGAGCGUGAGGCGCAGUGCGCUGCCGUGGCACGCGCUGCUCGGGCUCUUCGUCUACGUGCUGGCGCUGGUGACCGCGGAGCUCGGGUUCCUGGAGAAGCUCACCUUCCUGGAGAGCGGGGGGGUCGACAAGUACGGCGCCGAGGCGUUCCUGGUGAACUUCACGGCGCUCGUCGUCGUGCUGUUCGGCGCCUCAGUCGUCGUCGCCGCCGUCACGCCGGCGCACGUUGAGGCACCGCAGGGCUACGAGUCGAUUCCGGUCAACUAGAGAGGCGUUACUGAAGGGAAAGAUUCAGAAGAGUGCCGCUGUGUUCAGUUUGAACCAUGACAUCAGGCGUCUGGCUUAAGUCUGGAAAACAUCCGGAUUUAUGUGUAAAUCUGGAGUACUUGAUAAUUGGAAGCGCAUCUUUUUUCUUUUUCUUUCAGUGAGAUAAUAAUUUGAACACUCUUCUGGUCCUCGGGUGUACUAGCAAAUGCAAUAAUAACCAUUUCCUUC